GAGGCAGCGGAACAGUGGCCUGUGGAGGACACAGGAGCUCUGUGGCUCUUCCCGGUGGGUGGGAUGAAUGCCAGGCCCAUAAACAAGGACGUGACACUGAGGAAUGCUGCUGCCUUUCCAACUGCUGAAUCGGGGCCAGUCAGAAGCCAGGGCUGUGUUGUCUUGGCUUGGAUUUCUAGCGACGCUCAUGCUGGGUUAUAAAAAUGAGCUUGCAAAUGGCAGACGAUGAGUUAGAAAAAAGCAGGAAAGCCAGCCUGUGGGAGUCGUUUCAGAGCCCUCUGCCGGGUCGUGCCAUUCCCUUUUCUGGAAGGCCUUCGGGUGAAUGGCGGUUGGAGGAGUAGAGCUCCGUCACCCCCUCCCAGUAAAGCUGUCCCUCCCUUCUGGGGGGUCCACGAACUAGCAAGUCUGACGGUAAGCAGGCUCACUGAAGAAUUUCAGGCUGAGGGGUUUUUAUGGGUAGAACUGGUUUAAAUUAUUUGGCUCGCUCGACCAUAGCUGACUUGAUGAUCUGACUGAUAACCCCAGACGCACAGGAGCAACUGCAUAGGAUGGCCACAGAUGUCUUCAAUUCCAAAAACCUGGCCGUGCAGGCGCAAAAGAAGAUCUUGGGGAAAAUGGUGUCCAAAUCCAUCGCCACCACCCUCAUCGACGACACGAGCAGCGAAGUCCUGGAUGAGCUCUACCGAGUGACCAAAGAGUACACCCAGAACAAGAAAGAGGCGGAGAAAAUCAUCAAGAACCUCAUCAAAACAGUCAUCAAGCUGGCCAUUCUCUACAGGAACAACCAGUUUAAUCAAGAUGAGCUGGCGCUGAUGGAGAAGUUUAAGAAGAAGGUUCACCAGCUCGCCAUGACCGUGGUCAGCUUCCAUCAGGUGGAGUACACCUUUGACCGCAACGUGUUAUCCCGGCUGCUGAAUGAAUGCAGAGAGCUGCUGCACCAGAUCAUCCAGCGUCACCUCACUGCCAAGUCACACGGACGGGUUAAUAACGUCUUCGACCAUUUCUCAGAUUGCGAUUUUUUAGCUGCCUUAUAUAACCCCUUUGGAAAUUUCAAGCCCCACCUACAAAAACUCUGUGACGGCGUGAACAAAAUGCUGGAUGAGGAGAACAUUUGAGCGUAUGAGCGAAGACUGACUGCUCGUGAUUUAUUUGAAAAUGGAGCACUGCUGAUGUAUGAAGGAAAAAAGAAUUUUUUUUUUUUUUUUUUUUUUUUAAGAUUACACAUGGUUCAGAAAGACAUUGGCCAAUUCGGUUGGUAGACGUUAGUGGUAAUGUCUUAUGUGGCUUGUUUUAUUGGAAGAAAAGCAUAGUGCCAAAAAUUCUGGGGAAAGGCUCCCUAAUGGUUGACAGAUCGUGGGAAAAGUGUAUGAUGCAAAUAUAGAGUCAUACAAAGAUGAAUAUGUAUGGCUCUGAACCUCAAGACAUCUAUUUUAGAGCAGUUAAUAGCACAUUGGAUAUUUCUAACGUGUACAGAGUUAUGUAUUUUGAUUCACUAUUAUUCCUUACUAUGUGUACGUACCUCUGUUAAGAAGCCGAGGUCUUUCUCUCGCUCUCAUUGUUCCUUUCGAAACAAUUUCAUUUGCGAGUUUACCUUUGGUUAAACAUUCUUGCAUUAAAGAUUGUGUCACUGACAUUCAAGAAUUAAGUCUUCAUGGAGAAUUAAGACACUCAAGAAUUAAGGCGGUCAAACGGAACCCUCAGAAAAAUUGAAAAACGGCUUCUCUGAAGUCAGUAUUGUAGGAACCAACUGUAUGUGACAUCACGAAUAAUGUUUCUGGAGUUGAAACGCUUCUGGAGUUGAGUCCUGUUUUUUAGUACCAACAGUGCUACAUCCGAAACGUGGUAAUUCUUGAAAAUGUGCUGGUGGCGUCUCUAUUUUUAGUACCCAUUUUCGAUGUGAGAGUCACAGAGGAAAAUCUAGGUGGUUCUUGUAAAAGUUAAGUGGUAUUAAGACAGUUACUACAAUCUUUAUUUUAGAGAGGAGCCCGUCAAAAUAAUGUAGGGGGAUAAGGGCCAAAAAGGAGGAAAGCAUAUUGCUGUAGCAUGUGAGAAUGGAAAUAAAAGGCAUUUCAAUGUUUAAUAAGGUUUGAUAGGUAAAUAAAGAAUGUCACUUUUUUAUUUAACUAUAAGGUUUUUGCUAUUUUGUUAUUUGCUAUUUUGAUGAGUAAACCAAAGAAUAUGUGCAUUCUAA